ACCGUGGACGACGUUGGUCUACGGAGGAGGGGAUGUACAUUUCGUAAAAACGACUUCCUCCCGGAGGAGUCGUUCCGGAGCUUGGGAAACUACGGGAGGGCGCUCUUGGACACUCCGUUUCGGUUGAAGGAUCGGUUCAUGACCCGGUCCAUGGAUAAAACCGAGCUCGUCGAUAUGAAGUCUAGAAGCCAGGGCGAGAUGAAGAAGACGCUCAAUUGGUGGGACUUAAUGUGGUUCGGCGUCGGAGCAGUCAUCGGGGCCGGAAUAUUCGUGCUCACUGGCCUUGAGGCUAGGGAGAAGGCCGGCCCGGCGGUGAUAAUCUCUUAUGCUGUCUCCGGCGUCUCCGCCUUACUCUCAGUCUUCUGUUACACCGAGUUUGCCGUCGAAAUUCCCGUCGCAGGUGGAUCAUUUGCCUACCUAAGGGUAGAGCUAGGCGACUUUGUGGCCUUCAUAGCCGCCGGAAACAUCCUUCUCGAGUACACAGUCAGCAGCGCCGCCGUGGCUCGAUCAUGGACCUCCUAUUUCGCCACCCUCUGCAACAGAGGCUCUGACGACUUUCGCAUAAUCGUUCACGGCAUGAACCCCAGCUACGGCCACCUUGAUCCCAUCGCCGUCGUCGUUCUUGCCAUCAUCUGCGUCCUCGCCGUUUUCAGCACCAAAGCCUCCUCUCGCUUCAACUAUGUCGCCACCGUCAUCCACAUAGCCAUCAUCGUCUUCAUCAUUAUCGCCGGUCUCAUCAAAGCCAACCCUAGCAACUACCACCCCUUCGUCCCCUACGGUCCACGCGGCAUCUUCGUGGCCUCCGCCGUCCUCUUCUUCGCCUACGUCGGCUUCGACGCCGUCUCUACCAUGGCCGAAGAGACCAAGGACCCUGCCAGAGACAUCCCCAUAGGACUCGUCGGCUCCAUGGUGAUAACCACCGGAGCUUACUGCUUACUAGCCAUGACCCUCUGUCUUAUGCAACCCUACACCGAAAUUGAUGUAAACGCACCGUUCUCCGUCGCCUUCAGCGCCGUGGGGAUGGACUGGGCGAAGUACGUAGUGGCUAUCGGAGCAUUGAAGGGCAUGACGACGGUGAUGCUGGUGAGCGCCGUGGGCCAGGCUCGGUACUUGACGCAUAUAGCUCGUACCCACAUGAUGCCGCCGUGGUUCGCUCACGUGGACGCCAAGCUAGGGACGCCGGUGAAUGCAACAAUAACUAUGCUCGCAGUGUCGGCCGUGAUAGCUUUCUUCACGGAGUUGGAGAUUCUGUCGAAUCUGUUGUCGAUUUCUACACUGUUCAUCUUCAUGCUUGUCGCUGUGGGGCUUCUUGUUCGACGAUACUACUCCAGUGGUGUGACCACGAAAGCAAACCAGAAGAAGCUCAUAGGGUGCCUGGUCCUAAUUCUGGGAUCCUCAGCCGCCAUUUCCGGAUACUGGGCGACCAGCGACGGGUGGGUAGGCUACGUGGUGGCGGUGCCAUUCUGGGUGGUCGGCACGGCGGGGAUGUGGCUGUUUGUUCCACAGGCGAAGCAGCCGAAGCACUGGGGAGUGCCACUGGUGCCAUGGCUUCCAUCUUUAUCAAUCGCCAUCAACGUCUUCCUGCUAGGCUCCAUUGACAAAGACUCGUUCAUAAGGUUCGGGAUAUGGACGGCAUUGCUUUUGGCCUACUACGUCCUGUUUGGCUUGCAUGCUUCUUAUGACACUGCCAAAGAGCUUGAGAAGAAUAACACUACUUCUGCCAACGAUGAUGUCGUCAUGGAAGAAGGUGUGGCUUCUCCAACACACCCAGCUUCACAUGUGUAA